UACUGGAACGAACAGACGAUCGUUGCCAAACAGCAAAUUUAUAUAGUGAACAUUACUUUUCAAUUUCUUUGGAACGUCACUGCGCAUCACUAUCCGCAUUGUCUUAUCCAUCGUUGACCUCUAUAGCCUUUACUAGUCGAGAUAUCGUGUAACAAUUGCCAUCCGUGAAUAGAGAUAAGAAUGUUAAACGUGAGACUAUGUUUGAUCUCUAUUUUGAAAUGCAUUCUUACUCUUCAAAUACUCAAUCAACCUGUUUUGGUCCACAGUGUGCCAUCCGUCUCCGUUGCAUCGACGAACAAAGUAAAAGUACAUGUGUCUGAAGGGGUAUUAGUCGGCAUUAUUGAGAAUACUGUUUAUGGCACAUAUUAUAAUGCUUUUCGUGGAAUACCAUAUGCUAAACCUCCAGUGGGUGAACUCAGAUUUCAAGAUCCGCAACCACCAGAACCAUGGUCCGGCGAAAGAAACGCUGCGUUUUACGGAAAUAUCUGUCUUCAAGUGGAUAUUUUCACAUAUCAAACCAUAGGCGACGAAGACUGUCUCAACUUGAACGUGUAUACCAGAAACAUAAAUCCCCCAAAAAAUAGUUCUGUGAUGGUGUGGAUACAUGGUGGAAACUUUAUUGUCGGAGACAGCACCUGGUCUUUUUACGGUCCCGAUUAUAUCAUUCAAAAAGAUGUGGUACUCGUUACCCUGAAUUACAGAUUAGGUGCUUUAGGUUUUCUCAAUUUAUAUACGAACAAGGCAACGGGAAAUCAGGGCUUAAAAGAUGUAGUUAUGGCGUUAAGAUGGGUUCGAAAAUAUAUAUCGCAAUUCGGUGGAGAUCCCAAUAAAAUCACAAUUUUUGGUGAAAAUGCGGGUGCAGUGAUGGUUCACUAUCUGACUAUUUCACCGUCAGCUGAAGGUUUAUUUCAUAAAGCAAUAUGUCAAAGUGGCGCUGCUACAGUUCCUUGGGCUUUCACUGAACGAAACAAUGCUAUCUAUAACGGUCUGAUGUUAGCUCAGAGACUUGGUAUUAAGACUUCAGAUCCAAAAGUCGCCUUGCAAUUUCUGAAAGACAUAAACGGAAGUAGAUUGAUAGGAGUGUUGGAGAUGCUUGAAUCAUACAAUGGCUUAGAUAAUUUGCUUGCAUUUACGCCGACCAUAGAUUCCGAGUCAUCAGAUCCAUUUUUAUCAGAAGAUCCAUUGCAAUUAUUACGCAAUGGAGUUAAAAUACCAAUAAUGUUCGGAUAUAAUAGCCAGGAAGGCAAUUUUUUCUUAUAUGCCAAAUUUUUCGGUCAGUUAACCUACGAAAAAUUGGUGGGAAUUAAUUGUGAUUUCAAGCAAGCCAUAUAUCCUAGAGUUUUGAGUGAAUUACGACAACUAGGGAUUACGGUAUCAGAAUUACGAGCAUUGUAUUUAAAAGAAGAUAAUGAAGUGUCAUCCAAAACUAUAAUUGAUCUUGCUAAUUUUGUUGGCGAUCAGCAUAUCCAUAGAGGCGUUAUACAAGCAAUUGAUUUUCAAAUGAGUUCUCCAUUUGUUAACGAGUCGACCUACUUGUACAGAUUUGCGUACCAAAGUGAAACUUCUUCUAUGUUGAAAAUAUUUUUUAAAGACUUGCCUUCAGGUGUAUUUCACUUCGAGGAACUGGGUUAUUUAUUUUAUCCUUAUAUAGGAAAAGAUUUUAAUGUGGCGCCAUAUACAUAUAAUACGCCAGCAUUUAAAAUAAUGAAUUACUUAACGGAGAUGUGGACAGAUUUUGCUAAAACGGGAAAUCCAACGUCUUCAGCUAAUUUUAUAUGGAUUCCAGUAAAAACUGGAACUAUGUAUAAUUAUUUAAAUAUUGAUGUUAAACCUGCAAUGAGAAUUCUUAGGAAAGGAAAAGAACGAUGGGAUUGGAAAUACACAUUGAAAGCAUAUGGUAUCCAAACUUCUAUCAAACAAGAAGAUCCGGAAAAAUCUGUUUAUCAUGAUAUUUCUGCUUGGACGCCUAAAUACUCGUUUAACAAUUUAUCGCAGUUGUGUUUGAUGUCAAAAAAUACGAAGAUAAAAAUGUUAAACGAGAGGCUAUGUUUGAUCUCUAUUUUGAAAUGCAUUCUAACUUUCCAAAUACCCUAUCAACUUGUUUUGGCCCAUCAAGCGCCAUCCGCUUCCGUUGCAUCGACGAACAAAGUAAAAGUACAUGUGUCUGAAGGGGUAUUAGUCGGCAUUAUUGAGAAAACCAUUUAUGGCUCAUAUUAUAAUGCUUUUCGUGGAAUACCAUAUGCUAAACCUCCAGUGGGUGAUCUCAGAUUUCAAGAUCCGCAAGCACUACCAGAAAAAUGGUCUGGCGAAAGAGACGCUGCGUUUUACGGAAAUAUCUGUCUUCAGGUGGAUCUUUUCACUUACCAAAUCAUAGGCAACGAAGACUGUCUCUAUUUGAAUGUGUAUACCAACAACUUACACCCUUCAGAGAGACGAGCUGUAAUGGUGUGGAUACAUGGUGGAGGCUUUUUUGCGGGAGACGGUACCUGGACUUUUUACGGUCCCGAUUAUUUCAUGCGAAAGGAUGUGGUACUCGUUACCCUGAAUUACAGAUUAGGUGCUCUAGGUUUUCUCAAUUUAUAUACGAACAAGGCGCCGGGAAAUCAGGGCUUAAAAGAUGUAGUUAUGGCGUUAAGAUGGGUUCGAAAACAUAUAUCGCAAUUCGGUGGAGAUCCCAAUAAAAUCACAAUUUUUGGUGAAAGUGCGGGUGCAGUGAUGGUUCACUAUCUGACUAUUUCACCGUUAGCUGAAGGUUUAUUUCAUAAAGCAAUAUGUCAAAGUGGCGUCGCGACUGUUCCUUGGGCUUUCACUGAACGAAAGGAUGCUAUCAAUAGCGGUCUGUUUUUAGCUCAGAAACUUGGUAUAACGACUUCAAAUCUGAAAGAUGCCUUAAAUUUUUUGAAAUGCGUAGACGGAAGUAGAUUGAUAGAAAUAAUAUUGGAGAUCCUUGCAGCAUACAAUGGCUUAGAUAAUUUGCUUGGAUUUACGCCGACCAUAGAUUCCGAGUCAUCAGAUCCAUUUUUAUCAGAAGAUCCAUUGCAAUUAUUACGCAAUGGAGUUAAAAUACCAAUAAUAUUCGGAUUUAAUAACCAGGAAGGCAAUUUUUUCAUGAAUGCCAAUUUUUUCGGCCAGGUAAACAACAACACUUUAAACCAAAUUAAUUCUGAUUUCAAAAAAGCCAUAUAUCCUAGAGUUUUGCAUCAAUUAACACAAUUAGGGAUCACGGUACCAAAAUUACGAGAAUUGUAUUUUGGUAAUAGAGCAGUGUCAGAAAAUACUUUAAUGGAUCUUUCUAAUUUUAUCGGCGAUCAGCAUAUCCAUAGAGGCGUUAUACAAGCAAUUGAUUUUCAAAUGAAUUCUCCAUUUGUUAACUUGACCUACAUGUACAAAUUUUCGUACGAAAGUGAAAACUCUCCUAUGAAGAAAAUAUUUUUCAAAAAUCCGUUUCCAGGUACAACUCACUUCGAGGAACUGGGUUAUUUAUUUUAUCCUUAUAUAGGAAAAUAUUUCGAUUUUGUACCAUUUAUAUAUCAUGCGCUGGAUUAUAAAAUGAUGGAAUACAUAACGGAGAUGUGGACAUCUUUUGCUAAAAUGGGAAAUCCAACGUUUACUACUCUUUUUAAAUGGACUCCAGUGAGAUUUUCUAAUAAGUAUGAUUAUUUAAAUAUUAAUUAUAUAUUUCUAAUGGAGUCAUUUAAAAAAGGAAAACAACGAUGGGAUUGGGAAAACAAAAUUAAAUUAUUCAAAAACGUUACGAAACGUCACACAGAGCUAUAGUAUGAAAUAAAAAAUGAAGAAAUCUAACUAAAAUUAAAUACCUAGCUUUGAAACAAAAUUUUUUGAUGCAACAAAAGACUGACAGUGGAAAAUAAUGUGAUGUAUCAAUGGUGAUCGAAACUAAACUGUCUUUAUAAUUUGGAAUCCACCUUUUUUUUAAAACGCAUUAUCUAUUUAUUAAAUAUAAAUAUGUACAUAUAU